CUGACCGUGUAUCUUGAGUGGUUGUGUUUUCGCUAUCGAGCAAAAUGUCUCAGGUGUAUGAAAACCUCUUUCGUGACGCUCUGAAAGAUUUCAGUUUCGGAGGAUGGCCUGAUUUCAGGCUAUUGUAAUUCGUUGGAGGAGGUGGAAACACUUCUCGAUCAGCUGAAAACUGUGGGGUUUUCAUACUGCGUGAGAAGUAGUCGUUUUAAAGAGCCUUCUUCAGAUGUUAUGAAAAGUAAAACAAAGCAUUUCUUCAAGCAAAUGCAGGGACAUGUCCCCAUCCCCUUUUUUGGUUGUGCAUUUGCAGUGGAGAGUGUGUGGUCGAGGCACUGUGUUUUGGGGCCAAAAUACUAUAAAAGUAAAGAGUCUAGUGUACCUGAGCACUUGGAAGACCAUGUGACUCCUCGUAAGAGAUUGAGGAUCAUGGAUACUAGAAAAUCCAACUGCCCAGCAACUUUAAAUAUGAAGUGUAUAAGGGUGUAUCCUGAUUACAGUAUGCACUCAGCAACUGAACACAGGGAUACCAAGGCAAAAGUUCUUGCAAGUCUACAGAAAGAUUUGGCAUUGCCAUGCCCGCCUAAGAGCUAUCUACGUUAUUGA